AUGGUGAAUAUAACUUCCAUCAAAACAGCAUCUAAUGGCCUGUGGCAAGGCGACAAUCCUCUAAACUUUGCCUUCCCACUCCUAAUAGUUCAGGCCACCUUGAUCGUCGUGGUAAGCCGCUUCCUCGCUUUCCUCUUAAAACCCCUCCGCCAACCCAAAGUCAUUGCAGAAAUUGUCGGUGGAGUUCUGCUUGGUCCUUCAGUUUUAGGACGAAACAAAGAUUACUUGCACAAAAUCUUUCCUUCAUGGAGCACCCCGAUUUUAGAAUCAGUGGCGAGUAUUGGUCUUCUAUUUUACUUAUUCCUUGUAGGCUUAGAGCUGGACCUGAGCUCCACCCGUCGAAGUGGCAUUAGGGCAUUCGGCAUAGCCCUCUCCGGCAUAACGCUCCCUUUCCUCGGCGGCAUCGGCGUCGCUUUGGUCUUCCGCAAUACAAUUGAUGGAGCUGAUAGAGCAGGGUUCACUCAGUUCCUUGUCUUCAUGGGAGUGGCCCUCUCCAUCACCGCCUUCCCCGUGCUUGCCCGCAUCUUAGCGGAGCUCAAACUUUUAACCACUCAGAUUGGGGAGACUGCCAUGGCCGCUGCUGCCUUCAACGACGUUGGAGCAUGGAUCUUGCUGGCCUUGGCGGUCGCCCUGGCAGGUGACGGUGCUGGUGGUCACAACAAGAGCCCUUUGAUAUCCGUUUGGGUCCUCCUUUCAGGUGUUGCCUUUGUUGCCUUCAUGAUGGUCGUGGUCCGACCGGCCAUGAAAUGGGUCGCCAGACGGUGCACACCGGAGCAAGAUGUCGUUGACGAAGCCUAUAUAUGCUUAACCUUAGCCGGAGUAAUGGUGUCCGGGUUCAUGACUGACCUAAUCGGAAUUCAUUCCAUAUUCGGAGCUUUCAUCUUCGGACUCACAAUUCCCAAAGGACAGUUUGCAGAUAGAUUGAUAUCGAGGAUUGAGGACUUUGUGACUGGCUUGUUGCUUCCGCUUUACUUUGCAUCAAGUGGUUUGAAGACGGAUGUGGCUACAAUACGUGGCGGCGGGGCAUGGGGGUUGUUGGCUCUGGUUAUCACCACGGCGUGCGCUGGGAAAAUUCUAGGGACGUUUGUGGUGGCAGUGAUGUUUAGGAUUCCGGUAAGAGAGUCCUUAACACUUGGUGUGCUCAUGAACACCAAAGGCUUGGUGGAGCUCAUUGUGCUAAACAUUGGCAAGGAGAAGAAGGUGCUAAAUGACGAGUCAUUUGCAAUCCUAGUCCUCAUGGCGCUCUUCACUACCUUCAUCACAAGUCCGGUAGUGAUGGCCAUUUACAAACCGGCGCGUGGAAUCCCUAUUCACACUCACCGUAACCUAGGUGAUUUAUCCACAUCUGAUCAAGCCUCCAAAGACGAGCUCCGGAUACUUGCAUGUGUUCAUGGUCCAAACAAUGCACCCUCACUCAUAAGCUUAAUAGAUUCAAUUCGAAGCAGCACCAGUAUUUCCCAGCUCAAACUCUUCCUAAUACACCUUGUCGAGCUCACCGAGCGCUCUUCUUCAAUCAUUAUGGUCCAACGAGCUCGGAAAAAUGGAUUUCCUAUCUUUAAUCAAACGACUCGUGGUGAGUUAUAUGAUAGGGUUUAUGGGGCAUUCCAAGCAUAUAGUCAAAUGGGCCGAAUUUCGGUCCGACCCACAACUGCAAUAUCAGCCUUGUCCACAAUGCAUGAGGAUAUUUGUCACGUGGCGGAAGAUAAGAGGGCAACAAUGAUCAUCUUGCCAUUCCAUAAGCAGUGGAGAUGUGACGACGACGAUCAUGAGAAAAGAGAGAUCAAUAUGGGCAAUGGAUGGAGAGGGGUCAACCAAAGAGUACUCCAAAAUUCACCUUGUUCGGUUGCGGUUCUUGUGGACCGUGGAUUUGGUAAUUUUGAAGACCAAACUUUGGAGCCGGAUAAUGUUGUGGUCCGACGAAUAUGUGUUGUAUUUUUUGGCGGUCCUGAUGAUCGAGAGGCUUUGGAAUUAGGUGCUCGAAUGGCUGAGCACCCGGCGGUCAAAAUGAAGGUUGUGAGGUUUGUUGAGAAAGAAGGUUUCACUAAAGUGUCUGAUGGGCUUAUGUUAGAGCCUGCACCCACCAAGUCUACCGAGAACAGCUACAGUUUCUCCAUAGCUGAAAUGGACCGAGAGAAAGAAAAGGAACUAGAUGAGGCUGCAGUGGCAUUAAUCAGGAGCAAAUGGGUGGAGGAUGGGAAGGCAGAGUACAGUGAGCAAGUUGUGGAUGGAAAUGUUGUGGAGGUGGUGUUGGCUAUAGGACGCCGUGGAGAUCAUGACCUGAUAAUAGUUGGGAAAGGAAGGUUCCCAUCAAGCAUGGUGGCGGAAUUAGCAGAUCGUCGAGCAGAGCACGCCGAGCUAGGGCCUGUUGGAGACAUUUUGACCUCCUCCGGCCACAAUGUGGUCUCCUCAGUCCUUGUGAUUCAACAACACGAUGUAGCUCAUGCAGUGGAAGCUCCGGCGUCAAAGAUAGUGCCUGGAGAGUGUGAAAAUUUCACCCCGGCCUGA